AUGGCGACCCUUACAGAGACUAUACCUGCAACAGUCUCCACCAAGGCAGUGGACCUGACCAAAUUCCCAGAUGGGUUCAAGACUUCAGGUCAACAUCCCCCUAUCUACUCUCAGGUCCGCCCUUACUCGGACUUCCCGAAGCGGAUUCAGGGAUCUACAGUAUGGCAGGCUGAGAACUUCUCGCAAGCCCCAGAGAAGUGGACACAUCGCUUCACAAAGGAAGAGAUCCAAGAGAUCAGCGAUGCAUCGGAUAAAUUUAUUCGUGACAAGACACCCCUUGAGGGCAUUUCUAAGAGCAACUUUCCCCUCCCCAAGCUUUCAAAGCGUAUGGAGGAGCUCCGGAGGGUUCUGAUUGAUGGAACUGGUUUUUGGCUAUUCAGAGGUAUCCCUGUCAAUGAAUGGAACCUCCAGAAGUGUGCCACGGCAUACAUGGGUCUUGGAACCUAUCUCGGAUAUUUCACUAGCCAAAAUGGUCGUGGUCAUGUCCUUGGCCAUGUCAAGGACCUUGGUGAAGACCCGACAAAGACCGAAAGAGUCCGUAUCUACCGCACCAACGCUCGCCAAUACUUCCACACGGAUGGAUCUGACAUCGUCGGUCUUUUGUGCAUCGCCAAAUCUAAGAUCGGUGGCGAAUCCGAUAUUGCGUCGACACACCAUGUAUUUAAUGUUCUUCAAGAAAGACAUCCUGACGUGAUCGAAGCCAUGGCCACCCCUAAUUGGUACUUUGACCGCAAGGGCGAGGUCUCUGAAGGUGAGGAGCAGUGGAUCCGGGGAUCUAUCUUGUACCUGGAGAACGAGCGUGCAGGCGCCAGCCCUCGCGUUUAUGCCAAAUUCGACCCGAACAACCUUACCUCGUUGUCACGGUAUAAUUCUGGUCCAGAUGCCAAGAUCCCCCCUCUGUCUGAUAAGCAGAAGUACGCCCUGAAGAUUUGGGAGGAAACUUGUGCCGAGCUGGCGCUUCACAUGGUGCUUUCUCCCGGUGAUAUCCAGUUUGUUAGCAACUCUCAUGUCUUCCAUGCGCGUACUGCCUACGAGGACCACGCUCCUGGUGCUGUGGAUGAGAGCGGUCGUCCUAUCCGUGCGCGUCACUUGAUGAGACUUUGGCUCUCUGCGCCUGAGUCGGAGGGUGGCUGGAAGCUUCCUUUCCAUGACUCGCUUGAGAAAAAACGUGGUGGUAUCCAGGUUAAUGAUCAGCCACCUUACUGCCCCUUGGAUGCUGAGUAG